AUUUUGUAAUUAACUAGUCAUUUUACACCUUUCAUUUUCAUGCACCUAAUAACGUAAGCAAAUCACUCUCAUACACCUCCUUCACUUUCUUCUUCUACCUUAGCUCUUAAGACUAUCCCAACCCACAAAACCAAACAACAACAUCAACACCUUAAUUGGAGAUCAAAAUUCCGGCGACCGGCCUCAAAAUGUCGAGAACAACCGGAGAAUUUAAUCCGGUCACCCUACUGACUCUCUUGUUUGUCAUGAUCAUCAUGGCCAUGGCUACCCCAAUCAACGGCUUGGAUCAAAGGAAGCUCGACGAAACCCCAGUCCAAGGAACACCUGAUUCCGGCAUUAAGUGCACCUCAUGUUGUAACAACCCAUGUAACCAAAGCCCUCCACCACCAUCACCGCCUCCGCCAUCACCGCCUCCGCCAUCACCACCACCGGCUCCCAAGAAGCCGCCGUCAUCCAAGAACUGCCCUCCACCGCCUCCAUCGUCUCCAUCAACUCCAUCGUCUCCAUCAUCAUACGUAUACCUAAAUGCUCCACCGGGGAAUUUAUAUCCGGUAGACCCCUAUUUCUCGAGAGCUCACCGGAGUUCUUCCGCCGUGGUGUUGUCACUUUUGUUGGGUUGUGGAUUGAUGGGAUUGUUGAUGGGUUUUUGGUGAAUUCCAUGGGAAGAUUCAAAGUUCAAGAAAAACAGAAUUUGAUGCAUAUGGUGAGAUUCAGAUUCCAAGGAUAAAGAGAAUUUUAUGGUUGAGAAAAUUGUAAUUCCUAGGCUGGUACUAUCUUAACUAUCUCAAUUCUCAAGGUUCUAUCAAUUUCAGUAACAUAAUUCUCUUUCUUUUCUUUUCUUUUUCCGUGUUUUUUUUUUUUUUUUGGACUUUGAUUAGAAUCUGUGUUGAUCUGAGUGUAUAAUGAUUUUCUUCCAUAUAUAUUGUUAGUGGGAGGUGAAAAAUUAAUGAUCAAAUUGGUCAGCCAUGGAUUCUGGACUGCAAUAAUAUUUCACAAUAAAAUUGGAUUUUCUCCCUUA